UAUCUUUUGAAGCAGAAGAGUAGAAGAAGAGAAAUAAAUAAAUAUGGCUUCCUGUCUAUGGUGUGUAUGUGGAACGAAAUAGUAUUUUCCGUAUUUUCUGUGAAUUGUUUCUAAUUAUGAAGUGCAGUGAAAUAAAAUGAUUAAACUAUAUCUGUGAAUUAAGACAAUAUAACCUAAAAAUAUAUAUGCAUAAAUGUGAAAUAUUCAAAAUGUUUAGAUUUCUAAGUGGCAGGAAAGCUAGACAUACAUCCAACGAAGUUGACAAUAUUAAAUCGCAUAAAAAUUUACACAAAAAUUUGAUUCAGUGCAGGGUAAUAUUAUUAGAUGGGACGGAUUUAUCGGUCGAAUUAUCAAAAAAGGCAAAAGCUAGAGAUUUAUACGAGCAGGUAUUUUAUUCGUUAGAUUUAAUAGAAAAGGAUUAUUUUGGAUUGCAAUUUACUGAUGCAAAUCACGUUAAACAUUGGCUGGAUCCAACAAAACCUAUAAAGAAACAAAUAAAAAUUGGCCCUCCUUACACUUUAAGACUAAAAGUAAAAUUUUAUUCCUCUGAACCAAACAAUUUACGAGAGGAGUUAACGAGAUACCAAUUCUUUUUGCAACUUAAGCAAGAUAUACUCGAAGGAAGGUUGGAGUGCCCCUAUGAAACGGCUGUAAAGUUAUCUGCCUUUGCCUUACAAUCCGAACUGGGCGACUAUGAUGAAUCUCAGCAUACUCCCGCAACAGUUUCCGAGUUUCGGUUCGUUCCGAAUCAGACCGAAGAAAUGGAGAUAGACAUACUUGAAGAAUUUAAGAAAUGUAAAGGCUUAUCUCCCGCACACGCCGAACAGAGUUAUUUAAAUGAAGUAAAAUGGUUAGAAAUGUACGGUGUGGAUAUGCAUACUGUCUUAGGGAAAGACAGUAUGGAAUACAGAUUAGGUCUUACACCUACAGGGAUUUUAGUUUUUGAAGAGCCUAAUCAGAAAAUCGGGUUAUUUUUUUGGCCAAAAAUUGGCAAACUGAAUUUUAAGAAGAAAAAGUUGACUUUAGUUGUCGUCGAAGAUGAUGACCAAGGAAGAGAACAAGAACAUACUUUUGUAUUUAGGUUGCAUAACGAGAAAGCCUGCAAACACCUUUGGAAAUGUGCCGUUGAACAUCACGGUUUCUUCCGCCUGAGGGCUCCGGUAAAAGGUCCCAAUGCAAGGCAAAAUUUCUUUAGGAUGGGUUCCAGGUUUAGAUAUUCUGGUCGAACAGAAUACCAAAGUACCUAUCAGAAUAGGGCUAGACGGACAGUUCAAUUAGAAAGGAAACCUAGUCAAAGGUACGGGCGAAGGCAGAGUCAUGUCUUAAGGGAACGGGAAAAAGAAAAUCAACCUAUGUCUUCGACGAGCAGUGAAAAGUCUACUGCUACCAACGAACCUAUUUAUUGUACAGUGAAAGAUGACAUAUCCAAGAGUAUUACACCGACGCCAUCACCUAUUAUACCAACAGGUCCUGAAUCGAUUGGUGUAGAAAGUCGGAACAGCUUUGGCAAGGCAUCAAUUGGACAGAAUAGUUUUGGAAAAGCCUCUGUUACUUCUUUUGGAAAAGCUUCAACCGGAAAUUCGUUUGGGAAAGCAUCUCUUGGUUGUGGUUCUACGUACAGUCCUGUUCUGUGCGUACCGCGGAACAUGUCUACCACAUCAACUGAUUCUUUACCACCCAUCAGCCCAACACCCUCGAAUACUGACAGCCAGUUAGACUUUUUGUUUAAAAGUCUGGCCAAGGAGUCACUCUGCGGCUUUAACAGAGACGAGAAAAGAAAUGAAAUCAACAAACUAGAAGAAUCAGAACUUGAUUGUGGGUCAAAGUCUUUACCUGCAGAAAUACCAAAUAACAUUUCUAAAAUCUCCGGCAUAGCAAAACCAUUACCACCAGGACAAAUAAAGUGUAAUAUUUUGAAAGCAAAAGCAGAGGAAGAGCUUCAGAGCCAAAAACUAACCAAUCAGAUGUUCGUCCAAGCAAAAGAGGAGGAAACAUCGCUCAAUGCUGCCACUUUCAUUUCAGUGGGUGGAGAUAAAUUAACUUUAUCUGUCAGUGGUCCACCGAGUUUACCUCCUAUCAUAACCAGUUCCGUAUUAAAAUUGCCCAAAAAUGUUGAUAACGUAGAUAAUAAUAAAGAAAAAAACGAAGAAAAGGAAGCAAUGAAAAGAUGUCCGACACCGGUCACUGUCACAUUCUUUGGAAAAAACGAUGGAAAAUUGGAGAUAUGUCAAGUUAAUAAUUCCGACAAAGAGAAAUUGAAUCUCAAUCCUUUUACUAAUUAUUUAGAUGAAAGCACGUUGAAUCCUUUUCAUUCUGUAAAUCCAUUCCAUCCUAAUAAUCCAUUUUGCAGUGAUAAUGAGGUAAAGGAAGAUGUAAAAGGAACUGAUGUGUCAGUGGAAACUAAGAUAAAGAAUGUCAACGAAGAUUCGAUUGAGAGGAAAAUUUCUACUCCAGUUAGCCCGAAUCUGAGCAAACUGUCGCCUUGGCUGGUUUCUUCAGAAGUGGUAUCAUCUCCAGUUUCUAAGUUAAACACUACAGAAACAACGAUAAUUAGAAAAUCUGUGAUUACCACUCAACUUUGACUGUUACAUCGACAAUAUUUUAAGUACGGAUGAUUAAUUAUUUUUAAAUUUUUACGAUUUCAAACAGAAAGUGGAAGUGUUUGUUACUUUCUGUGUAUUAUUAGGAUUAUGUGCUACUUACACAGCAAUAUUUUAAUACUUAAUGCCAUAAUUACUAUUUUUUUAUAUUUCAGAUAAAUCUAAUUUAUUGUUAUAAUGUCAUUU